AUGAUGGCCCAACAUCAAAACAUAGUAAGGUUAGUUGGCUACUGCCAUGAAAUACGUCAUAAAUGUGUAGAGCACAAUGGAAAAUAUGUUCUUGCUAUGGUGGAAGAUAGAGCUCUCUGCUUUGAAUACUUGGAGGGUGGAAGCCUUGAUGAAUAUCUAUCGGAUGAAUCGUGCGGAUUUGGUUGGCACACACGUUACAAAAUUAUUAAAGGAAUUUGUGAGGGAUUAAAUUACCUUCAUAAUGGAUCAAAAGAAUCAAUUUUCCAUCUGGACUUGAAACCGGGAAAUAUAUUGCUGGAUGGGAAUAUGAUGCCAAAGAUAGGAGAUUUUGGUUUGUCCAGACUCUUCGAUUCAACAGAAACCUAUUCCUCAAAGGGAAUUAUCGGAACACUUGGAUACAUGCCACCAGAAUACAUCAAUAGAUUCCAAAUCACACCAAAGUUUGAUGUAUUCAGUUUGGGCGUUACAAUUACAAAAAUAAUAGCAGGACAUGAGGGCUACUCUAAAUUUGCGGAUAUGUCUUCCCAAGAGUUUAUUCAACUUGUACAUGAAAACUGGGAAAAAGUGUUGCAGACAAAAGCAUUGUCGCAUACAUCUCAUGGAGUUAAGAAAUGCAUUGAAAUAGCGUUAAGAUGUGUGGAGGUUGACCGAGUGAAAAGGCCUACUAUAGCUGAGGUUGUGGAUGAAUUGAGUAAGAUUGAUUCUACCAUUAUCGAUGAACUAAAUAAGAUUGAUACAGCCAGAAGUUCACCAAUAGAGCAGGUCACCAACCUACGAAGCAAUCAGGCCUUCAACCCAUGUGUGAACUCAGAUGAUGGCCAAAACAUGAUAACUAUGGACCUGAGGUUAGCCACAAGGAACUUCGAUGUUAACACUCUACUCGGUGAAGGAGCAUUUGGACGUGUAUAUAAAGGAUGGAUUGAUGAGAACACAUUGUCACCUUGCAAACCUGGCACUGGCAUAACUGUUGCAGUAAAAAGAUUAAGCCAGGAGAGUUUUCAAGGGCACCUAGAGUGGUUGGCAGAAAUUAAUUACCUAAGUCGCCUUUCCCAUCCCAACAUUGUGAAGCUAUUUGGGUACUGCUCAGAGGAUGAGGACCGGCUACUAGUGUACGAGUAUAUGCCAUGUGGGAGCUUGGAAAAUCAUCUUUUUAGGAGAGACACAUGUCUACGUCUUGCAUGGAACCUGAGAAUGAAAGCUGCACUUGGAGCUGCAAAAGCAUUUCGUUACCUUCACAGUACAAAUAUGAUUGUUAGAGAUGUUAAGAGUUCCAAUAUUCUCCUUGACAGUGACUAUACUGCAAAGCUCACUGGUUUUGGAUUGGCAGUUAAUGGUCCUGUUGGUGAGGAGAGUCAUUUAUCCACGAGGGUUAGGGGAACUUAUGGUUAUGCAGUUCCGGAAUAUCUGUCAACAGACCAACUUACACAGAAGUGUGACAUCUAUUGCUUUGGAAUAUUGCUUCUAGAGAUGUUGUCAGGUCGCCGUGUCUUUGACCAGAACCUGCCAGCAGUGGAGCACAAUCUUGUGAACUGGGCCAGACCAUAUCUGGAACAUAAGCACAAGAUACGUUGCGUCAUACAUGCCACUCUAGGUGGUCUGUACUCGUUCACCUCGGCGCAAAAAAUCGCUGCCCUUGCCCUCGAGUGCCUGUGCUCGGACCCCAAGAAGAGGCCGACCAUGGACUCGGUGGUCUCUGUCCUAGAAGGUGUUCAGGAAGACGACGAACCAGGAGCAGGGAAGCACCAAGAAUCAGGCAAAGAGGUUACCAGUGUGAGUGCACGCAGGAACAAUGGCAAAUCUCGCUGGAAUAUCUUCGGAGGGGGGCGGCCGUGAUCCAAAGCCAGUCCUCCGAAAGCCGGAACAGGUUUUAUCUGAGUUUGUAGAUUGCAAACGAAUCACAAGGAUGCCACGCACGCAGAUGCAGGAGCAAAAUUAUGAAGCCAUCCACAGGCUAUUAAACACUGGACACUGUCUCGAAGAUUUUACCCGCGAGAAGCAAGAUGGCUUGCUACAAACACUUAUCAGAAGAAGGAGACAUCAGUUCUGAUUUUAGCUGACGAAAUUGACGUGGCAGGUUUUUUUUUUUCGAAACGGACGUGGCAGGUUUUCGUUUGUUGGGCAUCUUCACCAACAUCUCUGUCUUCGUCUCCUCUAAUACAGCCACAAGCAAGAGCAGAAGAGCUUCUUGCGGGUUCGCAGAAAACGUGCUUGAACUGUAAUUUCUGAAUUUCAAGAUAGCAACGAAACUGAA